CCGAAACCGGAACCGUACAAUACCUGAUCCAAAACCGGCGAUUAUGGUUUCAUCUAUGUUCGGUUCCAAUUCCAAUUUUUUAUUUUUGUAUACGUAAUAUUUAGGAGUAGAUAAUACGUUAUGAGAUUAUUUGGAUGAAAGAGUUCCCAAAAAUCAUUAGUGUAGUUAAUAGAAAUUGCCCUAAAUAGGAGUAAAAACGUUUUGAAAUUCCAAAAUAAGAGUAUCAUGUUUUUUAUUUCCUAAAUAGGAGUAAUCUGCCAAGUUUGGGAAAAUGUCAUAUUUAAAAGCCUGGUAAUGCAAAACUUGGCAGAAAUUUGCUCCUAUUUAGCGAAUAAAAAACAUGAUACUCCUAUUUUGGAAUUUCAAAACAUUUUUACUCCUAUUUAGGGAAUUUACUCGUUAGUUAAUGAUAUUUAGUGCAUGUUUGGUAGCCAUGAUUUUUUACUUUUUAGGCUUAUAAGCCAAAUUCUUUACUAAACAUGUAACUUUUGGUUUUACGGACUGAAUUAUUAAUAAUAAGAAAAAAUAAGGUUGAAGCUACUUUUCUGGCUGUAUUGGCUUAAGUUACGGUAGGAGUCCAUUUUAGCUAUUUUUCACAUAAUUUUUUCUUUAUUGUAUUAAUAAAAUGUAUUUUAAAAUAUUAUUUUCAAAAAUCAGCAGAAUCAGCCAAUACAGUCACAUCAGCCAAUACCUCAUAAAUUUCAGAAGAAUCAGCCAAUACAGCCGAUCUGACUAUUACCAAACGGGCACUUAACAACAAAAUAGUUUUUUAGUAAAUCACUAAGUAGUUAGAAAUGAUCAGCUAGUAUAAAUUAAGGAGAUAGUAAUUUUAAAGUACUUUAGUAAUUUAUAAAGAGUAAAAUGCAUCAAUAGUCCUUGAACUAUCAUCACCAUAUCAUUUUGGUCCUUGAACUAUUAAAUCUAUCAUUUUAGUCCUUAAUCUAUUUGAUUUAUAAUAAUCGAGUCCUUCCGUUAGAUUUGCCGUCAACUUUGUCGGAAGCUAAUUAAUUUAUUAACAUCUCAUAAUUUUAAACAUUUUGCAAUAAUACAAUCAUUCUUAAAAUUUAAGUAGCUGAUCUAGUUUUUUUAAAUAUACAUAUAUGUACACAUACACAUAUAAAAAUUAUAAAUAAAUAAUAUAAAAUCAAAUGUACGGCCUAAAUAACACGUAGUUUAUAAGAGAGAAUCAAAUUAUCAAUUAUAUACAUAUGAGCAGAUAAAAUUAAAUAAGAAAACGAGGGUGAUUGUUAUUAUUAUUAUUAGUUAUAUCAAUAAAAAAAUUAAACUAGGUCUCAUUAAAACUUAUCCACUUUCUCAAUACAUGACCUCAUUAGUUCCUCUCCUCCCAAAAAAACAAUACUCCGUAUUUAAAUUCGUAUUAUUUAUUAAAAUAAAUAAAUAAAUAAAUAAAUAAAUAAAUUUUAUGUACUAAUUUGCCCUUAAUUUUUUUUACCAGAAUAUUCUCUUAGAUUUUGAUAUUAUAAAACUCUAACUUCCUACUCAUGGGAGGUGUGUGUCGCGGCGAUGUGGAUUUUUAGGAAACGAGUAGGAAGUUGGAGUUUUAUAAUAUCAAUCUAAGAGUAUAUUCCGGUAAAAAAAUGUAAGGGCAAAUUAGUCCAUAAACUUUAUUUAUUUAUUUAUUUAUUGUAAUAAAUAUUACGAAUUUAUAUAUAGAGUAUUGUUUUUUUUUGGGGGAGGGGGGAAGUAAUGAGGUCAUGUAUUGAGAAAGUGGAUGAGUUUUAGUCAUACCUAGUUUUAAUUUUUUUUUAUUAAUAUCAUUAAUACAGAGUAAUAAUAACAAUCACCCUCGUUUUCUUAUUUGAUUUUAUCUGCUCAUAUGUAUAUGGUUGAUUAUUUGAUUCUCUCUUAUAUACUACUUACUACGUAUCAUUUAGGCUGUACAUUUGAUUUUAUAUUAUUUAUUUAUAAAAUUUAUAUGUGUAUGUGUACAUAUAUGUAUAUUUAAAAAAACUAGAUUAGCUACUUAAAUUUUAAGAAUGAUAUUUGUUGAGUGUAAAUCCCGUAGAUCCGAAAGCCCAACACGAACUUUGGAUAUAUCAGGAAUGACACAGAAUCAAAGUAUAUAAACAAAAUAUAAAAUAUGAACUCACUAAUACUCGAAAGCUCACUUGUAUUAACUAACCAGUCUGAUUACAAGGAAUUUCCCGAUCGGUAGGUCGGAAACAAUGCUUUAAUACAAGAAAUAAGAGCAAUGAUGCUAUUCUAGAGUCUGAGUAUUGAAAUGCUAACCCUUACAAUGACUUAAAACCUUCUAUUUAUACUAAUGGAGAGCAUGGGCUGCCCUAUGCUGAUUGGCCGUUGUUCCACCGACUUGGUCACCCAUGUUUCCACUUGCUGAUGUCACAAUCUGGCAUUAAUUGCGCCUGGCCACUUGCCGGUUGGCCGUUGCUCGAACGGGAUGUUGGGCUAUGCUGAAGAUGCAUAUAUAGUCCGAACUCCGUUCGGUAUGUCUUCUUACUGGGCCAACCCUUAUUUGGGCCGAAUCUCGUUCGGCACUAAUUCUACCUUGAUUAUCUUAUCAUAGCGUGAUGGGCCCGUUGCUUGGGUCGGGUAUCUUGGGCCUUCCUGACCCGGGUAUUGGGCCUCUGGAUCAAUAACCCAACACAAGUCCCCCCUUUCGAUGUCUCGAACGAUAGUGAGUGCAUUAGGAAGUAUGAAUACCAAUGUUGUAAUACUCCGAAUGGCGAUCGGGGUACAGAAGUAAUCAGUUCCCCAUGCUGCGAUUUGACGACUGUCGCUUCAUUUCCCCAUAUUCAUCAUGGUAACCGUCGUUUAGUCUUUUCAUUGCACACGCGUUUAGCUUAAAAGCUCCUAGUGACGUGUUGCUCCCUGAUUGGUUCUUGACACGACGGUUUCAAGGCUAUAAAUUAGCCUUUAUCUUCUCAAAUCCGGGUUUCGAUUUUGCAAUUCUCUGCACCUUGUUGAUUUCUAAGAUUUCUCGCAGCCUUCGUCGUUCAGGUAUUCUCCCUCCCUUGCUUCCUUGCGUCAUCCCUGAUUCGGUCGAGAUGAAUUCCCAACAACGUUCUGAUUCGGAAAUGGCUUCUCAAGGGGAGGACCGUGAUGUGGAGAUUAUCACCGUACCUUUUGAUGAAGGAUCCAAGGCAACAACGGCGGAAGUUAGGGCGGAGACAGGCGACUCUUCUAGUAGUUCUUCUUCCUCCAGUGAAGAUUCCGACGAUACCAAAUUCGAGGACGAAUUAGCCUCCACGGCGGCCGGACGUCCCAACGAUUUCCCUCGCCAUACCCUUGACCUAAAACUGAUUAGGGAGAGGCGGCAAAAACUGACCUCCCAUAAUAGGGCCGAAAUUCCGGCCCUUAUCCCUGACCCGGUGGAUUUCCGUUUGCAAGCUGGGCUUCACCCAAUGCGUCAUAGGCCCGGAAUGACUAUAGUUCAUUUUGACUCGAUUAGGGCCGACCUUAGGUUUCCGCUACACCCCUUUUUCAUUUCAUUUUUUAAUUUCUACGAAGUUGUACCAGCCCAAAUUAUGCCGAACUCCUAUCGGGCAAUGACGGAUUUUAUUUGCCGUUGCAAAGAUGCCGGUGCCCGACCAACCGUAGAACUCUUCCAUCAAUUUUUCAAGGUUGCCCCCCAACAAACCCACGGCUAUCUGGCCACUAGUGCCCGAACGGGACACAUCCUGUUCAAGGGAAACCCAACCUCAAUCAAAGGGUGGAAAGACCGAUUUUUCUUCGUGUCUGUCCCGGACGGCCUAAUUCCCCACAAAUGGAAUGCCUUCCCCCGCAAGACUCCUGAUCCAGUCCUCACUGAAGAAAUUUACAAGGACGUGCUUGCUGUGGAGAAGGAUAAAUGCAUGGACAUCAUGAGUUAUCUGACUCCCGAUCGACUUGUUAAAGCCGGGAUAGGUACUGCCCGUUCUCUUGGGUUUACUUGUUUUGAGAAACCAAGUGCCAUGGUUCGGGCGGUCCUUCCCGUGCGAGAAACGUUCUUUUGUUCUUUUUUCUAGUUUCUCACACGCUAAGGCCGCUCGAUACUAACAUUGUCCUUUGUCUUUUUUCAGCACCAAACCCAGAUCUACCCAUGGACGAUAGCAGAGUUAUUGCAGCCGGUGGGGUCGGUAAACGGAAAAAGGCCAGGAAGACUCCCCAACCUACUCCCUCUAUUGUUCCUGCCCAGGAUGCUGGGUCUUUUCAACCACUUCCAGAGCCACAGCCGAUACAGCAUGUCCAUCAGGACCAAUUCGAUGUCAUGCUGGUCGACGAUCGGUUUGGCUCUGAUCAACUGCAUCAGUUCUCCCAACACUUCGACUCCGUUCAGGGGAACCCUCGAACGUAAGUGGGACUCAUACCGACCAUAUCACUGGUCAGGUUGAGCGGAUCUUCUUAUUGGAUCCUGUUCACGAGGUGUUAGAAAGGGCUGGUUCUACCGCGAGCCAGAUCUGGUCGACAUCCUCCUGGUUCAACAAUUUCUCCCUUCCUCAGUUGCCGGUCGAGCAAUCUGAAGAAUGCCUGGCCUUGACCGCUCUGAAGAUGGGUUUGUACACCCUGCAAAUGCGGGAAGCCCGUCUGGCCAAGGAACGGGAACUGAUUGUUGCUCAAUCUUCUGCUGAGCAAAACGCUGCCGCCGCCAUCACCUCUCUGGAGGCCGAACGGAGGGUCUUUGUGGAGGAGAAACAGAGGCUGGAUGCUGAGCUCGGUACCCUUCGGGUCCAACUUGCAGCUUCCCAGGCAAAGGUCAUUGCUGCCGAGGCCGCACAGAUCAAGUUUGAGGAAAUGCCCUCCAGCAUCCCGGACGGGCCCCUAUGAAGUGAAUGUGGAUCUGUCCGCCGUCCGGGAAACAUUUAAAUCCUCUGAUGAAUUCUCCAUCAUCAAGGAUGAUCAUGCAAGGACGCAAAUCCCGUUUGCCUUUGGAGCAUACCUGAAGGGUUUUCCUAAAGGUGCUGGUCGGCUCUCAGCAGGGGUGGCUCUCUUGGACAAGGACCCUGAGGCCAAGAAAUGGAAUGACUCCAUCGUUACAGAUCUUUAUGCCAAGAUCGGCCAGGUCCUGCUGCGUCCCUUCGUCGCUCAACUUCAAAACAAUCUGGGGAGGCCGGUUCAGGCUUCUGAUCUUCCCCAGGACGACAUUAUACAAGCUCAAUUCGAGAAACUUCAGCGAGAUCAGCAACGGGAAGCUGACCGGGCUGCUGGGAGAGAGCCUGAACCCCCGUCUGAUGAUGAUGAAGACGAGGAUGAAGAGGGAGAGGAGAUGGCCCCUGGCCAAUAAUUUAUAUGUUUACUUUUUAAUUAAUCGUUAUAAUUCUCUUUCCUUUAUGUAGCUUGUACUUCCCGGUCAGUAGAACCGAUGAAUACAGAUCUUUUGUUUUGCACAAAACACCUCUGUCUUUUUUGCGCUUUUUGAAUGUUUACUCACCAUUCGGGAUUCGGCCUGUUUUGUAGGACUUAACCAAUUUCCUGACUUUAUUUCUUACUUAAAUACUCCUAAUGCCGUUGAUCGCCGUUCGGGCAUUGGAGGGUUCUGAUAAUUUAACAAGGAAAAAACUCCUUCUCUCUGGGACUCAGCCGUUCAGGCUUCAGAUCAUUUUUUAGGACUUGGCACAUUCUGGCUUCAGAUAAUAUUUUUCAAUGUUGAUAGCCGGUCGGGCUUCAGAUCAAUUCUUAGGACAGUCCAUUCUGGCUCCAGAUAAUCUUUUACAAUGUUGAUAGCCGGUCGGGCUUCAGAUCAAUUCUUAGGACUUAGCUGUUUUCUUGGUUUUCUUCGCACCCGGGCUUCUUCGUAAAUUGGUAGCCGUUCGGGCUUCAGAUCAAUUUUUUGGACAGCACAUUUGAUUUCAGAUAACCUUUUACGACGUGGAUAGUCGGUCGGGCUUCAGAUCAAUUUUUAGGACUUAGCCAUUUUCUUGGUUUUUCUAACCAGCAAGUCCCUGUGAUCUUUGCUAAUCCUCUGCAAGCCCGUACGUCAUUCGGUAAUCGAUGAUCUAAAUAGAUUUUAGCCAUUCCCCCGUAAUCUUUACUGAUCCUCUGUAAACCCGUUCGGGGUACGUGCACAAAAAUGAACCAUAAAUGCCCCAGAUUAAUCGUAACCACUUAAUGCCACGUGUUGCUCAUGGAUUAGGGAUUUAUGCGGCACUUUCCCUAUUUAUAGAGAGGUGCUUCCCCUAAUUUCUCCUGCUGUUUUCUCACUUUUCUUUCAAGCUUUCUCUCUCUAGAACUCCCAGAAUUAUCUUGCGUACUUUCAAGCUUUCUCUUUCUAGAAUUCCUAGAGUUUCUCCAGUGUUUUUAUGUAUUACCCCUCUAGCUCAGAAUCUGAAGAGAUGUCGUUGAUUCGCACAAGUAAAACAUCCGCUGGUAACAAAGCCGAAGGCUCUUCUUCCCAAAUACCUAAAACCGCCAAUCCCCAGGCAGGCAAACACACUGAACAGCCACAAGAUGAUGGAUGUCUGUCAGGUGAUGAUGUCCGGGUGUAUAACAAGGGGAUGCCCGAACGGCCACCCCGCAUUCCCCUACACUUCACUCGUAUCCGCAAACAAAAACAACGCCUCCCAGAAGAUAUCGAACGACAACUUAGCCAGUUAUUGCCCCCACCAAGGGAAUACUAUGCUGGAUUCAUCCGGCACCCGAUGAGGCACCGACCGGGGCACGUGCUAGUGCACCUCGAUGCUCUGACUGCUGGGCUUCGCUUCCCUCUCCAUUCAUUCAUUGUGGAGUUCUUACGCCGGGUUUCUGUACUACCCGCUCAGUUCGUGCCCAUCACUUACCGCAUUCUGACAGGCUUCAUUAUUCGAUGCCAUGAGUUGAGGAUCACUCCAAGCGUCGACCUGUUCCUUUACCAUUACUGCUAUCAGCCUUACUGGACGACCGGGUACCUGAAGCCGGUAGCUCGUUCUGAUCGUCAGCUAUUCACAGAGAAUCUCACUCCGCCGGCUGACUGGGAGGAGCGUUUCUUGUUUGUUCGGGUAGGCGAUUCUCUGCCAUUUCCGGAUAGGUGGAACGCCUAUCCCGUUCGGGAUUCUCAGCCCAGGGUGGACGCCGUUCUACGCUCUCAAGCUGAGUCUUUGCGAAUGGGAGGAACCAGAAGUCUCCGGAGUUUUGUCACUACUUCAAGCAUGUUAUCUGCUGGAAUUGGUAAGCGUAGUAGGGUUUUAACCCGAUCAUCCUUCAUUCACACAAUUCAGCUUCUUAUCUCUUAUUCCUCUUUUUUGCAGGUGUGAUAUCCCCCAUACCCGUCCGGCGUUCUAUCUCUUCUGCUACCCUAACGGCUUCUUCUGGUAAAGGCAAAGAGAAGAUGGUAGCCGACCAUGCCUCUGAGGAGCAACACCGGAAGAAACGCCAGGGGAACAAUGGCAAUCAAUUGAUCCCGAUCGAUCAUGUGGUUGACUUGACCGGGCCGGAGGCUGAACCCAAUAGAUCGGCACCUGCCAAAACAUCAACUCCGGAUCUUUCUGACGCACCGAUCGAUGAUCGGAUGUUUGUCGAAUUUUCAAACAUGGGGCCCAGAUCAGAAGGGAGGUAUCUGUUCGGGUUGAUGCCAUCUUCUAUGUGGUGUCACACUGCAAUCAAGGUUCCCCCGAGCUUCACGAACCUGACCCACUGGUCGGAUCUUUUCGAAGCAGGUCACCAGGAAGCACUCAAGGUACACCUCAUUCCGAUCCAUGCCUUUCUAUUCUUCAUGUUUUACCUUAUCUGACUUUUAUUGUAAUCUCGUUUUCAGGCCGGUGUAUACUAUCACAAGGCCUUUCUUGCAGCCGAGAAGGAAAUGAAGGCCCUGGCCAGCGAUCGGGAUGACAGCCAGGUCCUUCUUUCUGCCGCUCGGAAGUUAGCGGCCGAUCUCCAAGAACAGGCAAAGGAGGAUGAGAAGGCAAAAGCUGCUCUGGCUGAGAUGCAGGAGAAAUCCCGUCGUCGCGACCGGGAGAUUAAAGAACUCCGGGCCAAGGUGCGAGCUGCUGAAUCUGCUGGGAUUAAAUUUGAUAAAGCUGUUGGCGACCAUCUGCCCGAACCUUACACGGUCAACACUUCCCAGAUUGCUCAUCAAUCGAUAGUGGAUUUUCAACGGGGCAAGGGGCUGAACGUCGCUCUGGAGAACACGGCCCGACAGUUCCUGAGUCCUCACCUUGGUCAAUUCUUUCGUGAAAGCGAAGAUCCCAUUAAGGCAGGGAUCGAUCUCUUGGACAGCACCCCGGAAGGGAAAUCUUUCUUGGAUGACCUGACCGAGAAAACUGUGAAGCAAAGUCAGGACCUGCUUCUGGAUAGGAACCUUGACUUGAUCCUAGAGCAUUUCCCCAAGCCGUUCGACCCUGACGAAUUAGGCUUUGACGACCUGUUCGGGAAUACAUAUGACCGUAUCAUGGAGAAGAGUUCCAAAGUAGCGCCUGGUGAUGCAGUGCAGGAAGGGAGCUCUCAACCUUCACCUUCCCCGAACGGCAAUCCUUCAAUAGCAUAGACUUUGUAAUUUUUGCUUUUUUUGUCCUUUGUUCUUCUUGUAUAUUCCGGCUAGUAAUGCCGAAGAAUAAACUAGACUUCUCUCUUUAUCUGUUGUCUUUUUUCUAAUUUUCCUUUGACUUUUCGUUCACAAACCUUUCUAUCUGGCCGAACAUCACUCGGCUCAUGUAUCUUUAUGUCUGAUCCCUUUCCCGAGCCCGUUUUGAUCCCUUUUCCGUUCGUGACGCACGGGUUCAAAACUCUUAGCUGAGGUGAAUUCCUCCAAGCCGUCUUGAUCGUGACCACAAGGUCAAACUCUCAGCUGGGACAGGGGCUCCCUCCAAACUGUUAACCCGUUUGUCAUUCGGUCAUCCGGAAUAAUCCCAUGUGUUAACAAGCUGAGGUGAGGCUAUCUCUUCACAAUUGAUCUGACACCUUUCCUGAGCCCGUUUUGAUCCCUUUUCCGUUCAUGACGCACGGGUUCAAAACUCUUAGUUGAGGUGAAUUCCUCCAAGCCGUUUUGAUCGUGACCACAGGGUCAAACUCUCAGCUGGGACAGGGGCUCCCUCCAAACUGUUAACCCGUUCGUCAUUCGGUCGUCCAGAAUGAUUCCACGCGUUAACAAGCUGAGGUGAGACUAUCUCCCUUCCAAACCCAUAAUUUCGAUGCAUUCCGAACUAUUCUCUCUGGCUCAUAUCAUCCAUAUUAGGGGUCUGAGGUAACCCUUUUCGAACUGUAAGCAAGAUCACCGAAUUUGGGUCAUUCCUUACUUAUAGCUAAAAGGGUGACUCGCUUCCGAAUCAAGUUCAUGACUGAGGCGAGCUUUUUCAAAACCAUAGUUCCGAUUCCCCGGGCGACAAUCCGUACCUUAUCCGAACGUCGCUCGGUUAAUCCAUAUCUUACAGUCUUGACACCAUCUGCAAGCCGUUUUGAUCCCUUUGCCCGUACGUAAUUACAGGGUCGACUUUGGCUAAGUUGACGACUCAGCUCCCUCCAAACUGUUAACCCGUUCGUCAUUCGGUCAUCCGGAAUGAUUUUGCGUGUUAAAAAGCUGAGGUGAGAAUCACUGUCCUCGAACUCCGGGCCAUUUUGAUCCGUUCCUCAAUGCGUAAUUACAGGGUCAAAACUCUUGCUGAAAUAAUGGCUCCCUCCAAACUGCUAAUAUGUUCAUCAUUCGGUUCUCCAGAACGAUUCUCAUAUUAACCGCUGAGGUGAGACUAUCUGAGUGUCAAACUCCAAGCCGUUGGCUGAGAAUGACUUUCCUUCCAUGUUGUUAACGCGUUCGUCAUUCGGUCAUCCGGAAUGAUCGUGUUAACCACGGGCACCGAUUUUCUGAGCCUCAAUUUUUCAAGCCGUUUUUUGAUCCCUUUAUUCCUUCAUAAAUCUAGGGUCAAAAACUCCCUUAGCUGAGAAUUGAUUUUCCUUCCAUGUUGUUAACUCGUUCCUCAUUUGGUCAUCCAGAAUGAUCGUGUUAAUCAUGGGCUGUGUUUAUGUGGAAGUUAUGUCUCCCUCUCUAUACAUUUUUUUAGAGGUGGCAACAGCCGUUUCUACUGAUAAAAUUUCCUUAGAUGUUCCACGUUCCAAGUACCUGCCGGUCGGCCUUCGGUAUUUUGUAGGCCAAACGUUCCUGAAGCAUACUUCUUACAUGUUUGGUAGGGGCCUUCCCAAUUUUGUGCCAUUUUUCCACCUUCGAGCGGUUUGCUUUUUUCUCGCUUCCUUAGCACCAGGUCCCCUACCUCGAUUGAACGAACUUUAACUUGCUUAUCAAAAUAUCUUCUUGUGGCCCUGUGAUACUCUUCCAUUCGUGCAGCUGCCAGAUCCCUUCUUUCUUCUAUGAAAUGCAAUUCGACCCGUAAGUUGUCCUCAUUCUGUUCUGGGCUAUAAUACACCGUUCGGUGUGUGGGAACUAGGAUCUCCGUUGGUACUUUCGCCUGGAAACCAUAUGCGAGGGCAAAUGGAGUUUCUCCCGUGGCCGUUCGGGGUGUGGUCCUGUAAGUCCAUAGAAUAUAAUUUAACUGAUCAGGCCACGAUGAGGAGUAUUCUUCCAGUUUCUUCUUCAUACCAUCCAUGAUAGUACGGUUCAUAUUCUCUACUUGGCCAUUCGCCUGAGGGUACGCCACGGAUGCUCUGGAAUGCUUGAUUCCCCAUUUCACCAGGUAGUUCUCAAAAUUCCGGCUGACGAACUGCCUUCCAUUAUCAGUUACAAUCUGCUCAGGGAUUCCGAAACGGCAAAUGAUAUUCUUCCAGACAAACUUCUGACAUUUAACAUCUGUGAUGCUGGCCAAUGGAUCGGCCUCUACCCAUUUGGUAAAGUAAUCUAUCCCCACGAUGAUAUACUUGUUGUUCCCAGGGGCCGUAGGUAGAGGACCUAACAGGUCUAUCCCCCAUCUUGUGAACGGAAGGGCCACCGUCAUUGGAGUGUAGAAAGUAGCUGGCCGUCCGGGGACCGGUGCGUACAGUUGGCAUACCUUACAUUUCCUAGUAUGUGCAAAGUAGUCCUGUUGGAUAGUCGACCAAUAAUACCCUUGUAGGAUUAUUUUCUAGCCAGUGUCUUGGGCCCUUGGUGGCUGGAACAGACACCUUCAUGAAUUUCUUCCAUUACAGCCGCCGCUAGAUCGGGUGGGAGGCAUUUCAGAUACGGCCCACCAAAUGUCUUUUUGUACAGCUGCCCGUCCACCAAUUCGAACAUGGAAGCCCUCCUCUGGAUGCAUUUUAUCUGAUAAGCAGGAUUUUUAUCUUGUGGGAGGGUCCCGUCUUUCAUGUAGUUUGUCAUAUCUAUGACCCAGCUCGGGAUGACAUAAGAUAUGGCCUCGAUCUGGAGCACCAUGAUUGCUGGGGUCGCCAAUGUUUCCCGAUGGGCAAAACGUUGGAUAUGAGCCGGGAUCUCCUGUGCCCGAUCGUCGAACGCUGCAUUUUCUAAUUUGGAUAGGAUAUCUGCUUCAGUAUUUUCAAUCCUGGAUAUUUGGUCGAGCCCCACUUGUUCAAAUUUACUUAUCUGCUCCUCAACUAUCUCCUUGUAGGUCUUCAUUCUCUCUUCCUUGGCCUCAGCAGUGCCGUUUACUUGAUGUACUACCAAUUGACUAUCCGACCGAACUUUUAACCGAUCGGCACCCAGGGCCUUUGCAUAUUUUAAACCAGCAAUGAGAGCCUCAUAUUCAGCCUCAUUGUUGGUUACCUUGAAGUCAAAAUGGAUAGAAUAAUAUGCUUUGAACCCCUCGGGCGAUGUAAUCACAGCUCCAGCUCCACAACCCUUGGCACUAGCUGCUCCAUCCACAUACAUUUCCCACCAGUUAUCCAGCCCAUUGUUCUCUGAGUCUGUUUCUGAGGGCCAGGCGGUACAUUCUGCAAUGACAUCUGUCAGGGUCUGUCCUUUGAUAGUAGGUGGAGGCUUGAAAUCCACCUCAUAUUGCCCGAUCAGGAGGCUCCACUUGGUAAUGCGUCCACUUGCCAUAGGAUUUCUCAAGAUGGUGGCCAGUGGCUGAGUAGUAUACACAGUUACCGAGUGGGUCUGGAAAUAUGGUGCCAGACGUUUAAUGGCAGCUAUUAGGGCCAGUACAGUUUUCUCUAGCAAGGUGUACCUGGUUUCCGGGCCGUUCAAAGCCUUGCUUACAAAAUAGAUUGGCCGUUGAACGCCAUCUUCUUCUUUCAACAGUACUGUGCUCACGGCCAGGUCAGCUACAACAAGGUACAUAUACAAAUGUUCCCCUGGUUCGGGUUUUGUCAAGACCAGGGGGGAAGACAGAUACGUCUUGAAAUCUUCAAAGGUCGUUUGGCAUUCGGCCGUCCAUUCAAAAGGGUUGGUUUUCUUCAUGAUCUGGAAGAACGGAAUAGCUCGAUCGGCCAGUUUGGAUAGGAAUCUGCUCAGGGUUGCUAACUGGCCGGUCAAUCUCUGCACUUCUUUGAGAUUUCUUGGAGCCUCCAUAUCCACAAUUGCCUUUACUUUUUCUGGGUUGGGCUCAAUCCCCUUCUCGCUCAUCAUGUAUCCCAAAAAUUUGCCCCCUCUUACAGCAAAAGCACAUUUUUUGGGAUUCAGCCUCAUAUUUGCUUUCUGCAUUAUCCCGAACACCUUUUCUAUGUCCAGGACAUGGUUUUCCUUCCUCUUGCUUUUGAUCAGGAUGUCAUCAACAUAAGCUUCCAUUGUGACCCCCAGCACUUCUUUGAACAACAUCCCGAUCAUCCUUUGAAAAGUUGUCAUUGCGUUCUUUAAUCCGAAUGGCAUGAAGAUAGAGCAAAACACACCAUCCGAAGUAACGAACGUUGUUUUCUCCGCAUCAGCCGGGUGCAUGAAUAUCUGAUGGUAGCCCCGGAAAGCAUCCAUGAAGCUCAGCAAUUCACAUCCGGCAGUUUCAUCUACUAGCAGAUCUAUCCUCGGCACUGGAUAGGGAUCCAUGGGACAAGCCUUAUUCAGGUCAGAGUAAUCCACGCACAUUCUCCAAGUAGAUUGUUUUGGGGCCAGAACCACAUUUGAUAGCCAUUCUACGUGGAUUACCGGACGGAUGUGCUUUAUCUUCAGCAAGGUGGCCACCUCCCGCUUUGUAAAUUCCCACCGUUCGGUUGCCUGAUAUCGUUUCUUCUGCUGGACUGGUUUUGCAUCAGGCCGAACGGCAAGUUUGUGACAUAUUAUCUCCGGAUCAAUACCGGGCAUAUCUUCUGGCCCCCGGGUAAACAGUACCUGAAACUUUUUUAGGACGGCAAUCACGACAUCCCGGAUGUCAGCCUCCAGAUCCACCCCAAUAGCUACCUUACUGUUCGGGGGGGGGGGGGAAUCCAGGUCGAUUUGUUCAAGAAGAGUGGCGGGUUCUGGGGUUACCUCGAACUCCGUUCGGUGGGUUUCCACCUCAAUUGUAUUAACCCGCAUCCCACGAGUGUUCAUCUGUUUCAGGGCCUCUCGAUAACAUGUCCGGGCUGUCGUCGGAUCAGUUCUGACCACCCCAACCCCAAUGUCUGUAGGGAAUUUGAUGCAUGAGUGGCGGACAGAGGCUAUUGCCUCCAGAUCUUCCAAUCCCGGUCGGCCCAAUAUGGCAUUGUGGGCACACUUUAUAUCUACCACCACGAAAGUCAUCCAGUGUGACGCUUUGUGUGUUUCAUCCCCAAUUUCAACCAUCAAUUGGAUGGUACCCUCAGCCUCAAUGCAAUUACCGGUGAAACUUGCCAGUGGGGUCCGUAGGUGGGUCAGUUGGCUUCUUUGUAGACCCAUUUUUUCGAAUGAUUGUAGAUACAAUACAUUCACACUGCUCCCGGUAUCGACCAGUACUCGGCGGAUCAAAGCAGUGUUAAUACACAUGCUUACCACCAGUUCAUCCCUGUGCGGGCUUGGAGAGUUGGGUAAAUCAGCUGGCCCGAACGUGAUCGGGUCCGUCCUUCCUUUCUUCUGGGGGGGAGCGGAGACGGAUCCCACAUAAAGACUUCGCUCGAACCUUUUCCGUUCAGCGUUCGAAUCCCCUGUCUCCCCGCCCCCGAAUAUAACCUUGACCUCCAUUCGAGGUUUCUUUCAAGGGCCUCCCGAGCCCUCUGGUUCAUCCCUGGGGGGAACAUAUACGUCAUUUUGAGGCUGGGCAUCACGUUGGGCAUCCCGGCGCCAGCUAUUAGGUUUCUUGACCGGUUUCAACGUGCCUACAGCAUUUGGAUCUUUAUUCACAUAUUUGCCCAGAUGACCCCUUCGGAUCAAAUCCUCAAUGGCUGUUUGUAGGACCCUGCAGGCAUUGAUGGCAUGACCCUUCCUGUUGUGAUAUUUACAGAAAGCAUUGUCGUCCGCUCCCAUGAACUGUCCAGAAUCAGUCGGGAGGGGAAUAUUGUCCCUCUCGUGCUGAUAAAUGGUCGCUACUGAUAGGACCAGGGGUGUAAAUCUCCCUUGCUUGGGAGGUAUAGCGGCCGCUGGGCUAGGACCCAGCCGAUCGGCCAUUCUGAUCGGGGCAGCAGGCGCAACGACCUUAUCCCUGAUCAUUGUCUCCUCUUCUAGGGCGGCAUGCUUGCGAGCCCUGUCUAAUACCUCGGCGUAGACUGUACCUGGAUUUUUCUUUAAUUCCUUGUACAACUCCCCCGUUCGGAGAGCAUUCGUGAAUAGGGUAAUGGCGGUAUCAUCUGUCAUGUUUCCCACUGUCAAAGUUUCAUCCCUCCAUCUUUUCCGAAAUUGAUUGAGGGUCUCUUUGGCGUUUUGCUUCACGCUGGUCAAAUAGCUGAAGUGCCGUUUGGGAUUGGCACUGGAACCAAACUGGGCCAAGAAUAACGCCGAUAACUCGGCAAAGCUGUUGAUUGAUCCGGGUUGUAGUGUCCCGAACCACUCCUGGGCGGCCCCCCUGAGCGUACUAAAAAACAACCGGCAAAUAGCGGCCUCGGGUGCUCCUAGCAGCAUGAGUCCCCCCUGGUAACUCCUCAAAUGCACAUGGGGAUCUCCCACCCCGUCAUAGAUUUGGCCGGUUGGUGGCUUGGCACGCCCUUGGAUGUCUGCGUACAUGAGUUCCCUAGUAAAAGGGGGAGUAAUUCCCAGCUGAACCGGGGCAGGUUGUACAGGUGCCCUGUUCAUUUGGUCCCGCAUCUCAUUCAUCUGCCUCCUCAUCUCGGCCAUUUCUUCCUCCUGGGCCGUCAAAGGGGGCGGUGGUGGAGCCCUCAUGUCCGUAUAGUCCCGGUUCCAAUGCCGUUGAGGGGCCCUGGUAUUCUCCCGCUCGGCAUUCUGGAAAUGAUGACCAAUGGGAGUUGGUCCUCUAGCUUGUGACCCGAUCGGGGUUCGGUCACUGGGACUAUGGUGCGCUGUUGGUGAGGCGCUACGUCGAUUAUCCCGAUGGGCAUGCGAACGGGAUGAUGUUGUAGUUGUUUCCGUCCGUGGAGUCUCCCCUGUAAAGUUGGACCCUCCUUCCUCCUCGUUCGCCAUAUGCUGCAUGACCUGAGCCAUGUCUCGCAUGGCCUGAGGAUUUCUUCUCAGAGAUUCGGGAAUCACAAAAUCCCCAUCAAAACGAGGAUACGAUCCUCGGCUGGAUUGUCCCUGAGGGUUUUGACUCCCCGGGGUGUGACUCCUCCCGUGAUGGCGUGAACCGUCGUUUGUAUGAUAGGAGCUGAUUCUGACCAUUUUUGAAAAUAGUGGUUUUUGGAUGAUUUGAAUGUGAAACUUUUUGUAAAUCUCGUAGAUCCCGUAGAUCCGAAAGCCCAACACGAACUUUGGAUAUAUCAGGAAUGACACAGAAUCAAAGUAUAUAAACAAAAUAUAAAAUAUGAACUCACUAAUACUCGAAAGCUCACUUGUAUUAACUAACCAGUCUGAUUACAAGGAAUUUCCCGAUCGGUAGGUCGGAAACAAUGCUUUAAUACAAGAAAUAAGAGCAAUGAUGUUAUUCUAGAGCCUGAGUAUUGAAAUGCUAACCCUUACAAUGACUUAAAACCUUCUAUUUAUACUAAUGGAGAGCAUGGGCUGCCCUAUGCUGAUUGGCCGUUGUUCCACCGACUUGGUCACCCAUGUUUCCACUUGCUGAUGUCACAAUCUGGCAUUAAUUGCGUCUGGCCACUUGCCGGUUGGCCGUUGCUCGAACGGGAUGUUGGGCUAUGCUGAAGAUGCUGUCAAAUUGGCCCAAGUAUAAUAUAUAGUCCGAACUCCGUUCGGUAUGUCUUCUUACUGGGCCAACCCUUAUUUGGGCCGAAUCUCGUUCGGCACUAAUUCUACCUUGAUUAUCUUAUCAUAGCGUGAUGGGCCCGUUGCUUGGGCCAGGUAUCUUGGGCCUUCCUGACCCGGGUAUUGGGCCUCUGGAUCAAUAUCCCAACAAUUGUAUUAUUCCAAAAUGUUUAAAAUUAUGAGAUGUUAUUAAAUUAAUUAUCUUCCGUCAAAGUUAAUGGAAAAUCUAACGGAAGGACUUGAUUAUUAUAGAUGAAAUAGAUUAAGGACUAAACUGAUAGAUUUAAUAGUUCGAGGACCAAUGAUGAUGAUAGUUCAAUGACCAUUUAUGUAUUAUUCCCAUUUAUAAAUUAUGCAUUCUUAUAAUUAUAAUUCGUAAUAUUAGAUUAUUAGAAUUAGUAAUGGCUAAAAAUUACUCCUUACAAAGUACUAAUUAAUAUAAAGUAGUCCUUCUUUGUUGUUUUUAUUGUUCCCAGAACAACUAUAACUACUACUAUUAAUAUUAUCCUAUAUUAUUAUUAUUAUUAUUAAUCAAAUUAAUUAAUUUAUUUUUUAAUUAAAAACUAGUUGUGAACCGGACUAGGGAACCUCCGAUUCCAAACCGGAGGUAAUAUGCGAUUUCGAUUUCGAUUCCAAAACCAGUGGUUGAUCUGGUUUCGAUUACGGUUGAAUCUUAAACUAUGGAGGCAAGAACAGGUCUACGUGUACCCGACCCGGUGAUCCGGCUGGUUCACGGUCCUGGUUUCUUUAUUAAAUUUCAUUGGAGGUAAAAAGUCCAAUUACACUAUAUUCCAAAUUUGGAAUGUAUAUUUUAAAUUAGAAUCUGUAUUUUAGAAUGUAUUUUAAAAUAUAAUUUAUUCUAAACGUGUUUUUACCAUAUAUCUUAGAUUUUGUGAAAACAAAAGUAUCUUUUAUUAAUCAAUAAUCAAUAACAUCAUUAGUUAGUUGAUUUACAAUGAAAUUUGGGGGAUUUACUAAGUCUAGCUUGACUUAGAAACAACUACUCUAGCUAACAAGUGAGCAUCCCGAUCUGCUGACGUUUUAAGAUGUUUUUACCUAAACCGUAAUUUGCGGGUUUGGUUUGCUCUGAUCUGAUCUAGUUUGGUCUGGUAAUGUCUAAUCUCUUUGUAUUUUUAUAUUUAUCUAAGUCUGAUUUAACCUGAUCUAUUUUGAUUUGGUCUGUGACAAAUUUCAAUCCAAAUAAAAACAUCCUACAAUAGGCAAUUUUAAAAUUACCCUUGCAAUUUUAAAAUUUGUCCAAUAUCAUCUACUAUCAAAUCAUAACAGGAACAACCGAGGGUGAUGUUCAAGCUUCUCACAAGCCCAUCUCAAUGGUGCCCGCAUCCCAAAUGAAGGGACGACCCUGAGGGGACAAGGGAGCUAGCGAGGGCCUGGACCCAAAAAAUGAUAAAAAUUUAGGCAUAUACGUAGUAUUUAGUUCUUUAUAAUAGAUGUGAGUAGACUCAUUUUUCAGUCCAAAACUAAUAAACGUUUCAGAACUUUUUGAAGUGCUUCCGGAUGAAAUUUUGAUAAAUAUUUAUGAACAUAUCUCUAUGAAUUGUAGAUUAGGCCCACUAAAUUUUAGUUUAAAAUUCAAUGUAAUAAAAGUCAUUCAAUGUAAAUUUUGAUAAAAGGCCUUUUUAUGCAUAUUUCGGCGUAAUAUUUUUCAAUAAUUUAUUUAAUUGACUCUCCAAUUGAGUUUUAAGCUAAAUUGUUUUCAACAUGAGCCCCACUUGAUGGAAAACAUGCUCACAAAAUUUAAUAAAAGAAUUCCACGAUAUUACUUUGAUAUGAUUGUAUGAUUAGUUUAUUAAUUGAUUUCAUUCGUAGUUGAUUGCAUGAUUUCUUAAUUGUUGAUUGUUAUCUAUCGAGUGUUUGUGGUAUAAGUUGUUGAUUUUGUUAGACAAUUUUUUUUAAUUACAAGUAAAUUUAUAAAUUGAAUUAAUCUCAAGGUAUAAUAAAAAUUAAUGAAUCUCCAUAGGAUAAAGAAAAUCAAAGUGAAGAAUAUUAAAGAAAACAACGCUAAAGAAACAAGGUUCAAUGAAAUAUUUUAUUUGUUUAAAAUAUUUUCCUCAGCGUUAAUAUCUUCCUCAGCGUAAUAAACAAUUGUCACUUCGAUGUAUUUCUUCUUUAAUUUUUCAUUUUAUACAUAUGACGGUAGUGGAGUCAAGGGGGUCAGAGUGGUCAACCGAUCCCCUUGUAAGUUCAAAAAUAUAAAGCACUGAAAUACAUUCGAUUCGAUACAUUAUGCCUCCCAUAACUCAUUACGAGUAAGAAAUUAUGACUCCUAAAAAUCAGCACUAUCUAAGAACAUCACUCAUUAUAUAGAUUAUAUUCUCAAAAUUUUUAAAAAAGUCUAAUUCACUCAUUACUUACAUAAAUUUUAAAAUGUAUAUGACACAUAUAUCAAGUAGUAUCAAUUAUCUAAGCUAUAUACAAAACAUUCAACUUAAGUAUUAUUUAUGUUCGGAUAAUGGGCCAGGUCCAAUACUAUCGACCCAAUAUGCCUGGGCUCGGGCGCGAACCAGGCCCAACACACGGUCCGGCUAGAGAAUAUGGCCCUUCGAUUGAUUUGUUUAACUCUUGGGCCGACCGGCCCAUUGGCCUUGGAUCAAGCUUCUUGUUUUACUUGUUUAAUUGGGCCAAGCCCAUUAGCGUUUGACAAACCUCUUGUAAGCGCCUAUAAAUAGGCCGCCACUCCUUUUGUAUUGGGGAGGUCACUUUUACUGUACUGAAUUGCUGCUGAAUUUUCUACUCAACAUAUUUUCUACCAACAUUGAUGCUUUCAUUGAGAGCUUUGUUGUUCUCUCAGUUUUCGGUAGAAUCUUUGAGGAGGAAAAUGGCAGGAUCAUCAAGGCAAGAGCGAGUUUCCAUUCACACUGAGCAUUCAGAACAACCCAAUGGCCAUCGUUUGAGAAGCCAAGUGGUGAGACCGAUAGGAGAUCUCCGAAACCAUUUAACAAGCUCAGGGGACCUGAGGGGUUCGCUGAGCCACAGUCGUGACAGACAAUCCAUUCAUGAUCGGAUUGGAGGUCGCCGUCGUCGGGUUCCGCGCACGAACUGACUUGAUGCUGGAGUGCGGGCGCUACAAGAGGCCACACGCGCCAUUGGGGCUUUGGCUCUGAAUUUCCAGGGGAUGAUGCCGCAGAGAGCUAAUCAUGAAACUCCGAGACACACCACCCCUGAAGACAUCGAGACUUCCUCUGGUAGAUAUGAAGGGCAACGUACUAGUUAGGACAAAUCGCGAAGGGAAUCCUUGCCCCGGAGGGAGCAUAUGCCCCAACGGGUCGAGCAGCCUCGACGACCCAGAAGGGAAGGGCCCCACCGAGACUCGUCACUGGAGGGAGGGGAUGACUUCUCUCAUUACUCCCGCCGUGGUGGCCGUCGGGCCCACGCGCGUGAAAGAGUCACAGAAUCCUAUGUGCGGGUCCAACCUCGUGUUGGGCGCGUGCCGGAGGAACCAGCGCCCGAAGCUGUGGAGGAUCUCAGAUUGAGGUUGGACGAGCUAAGGAGGAGGGUUGUUGGGGGAGAGUCAUACGUGGCCGACCUCCAUAUCCCGGAGCCCUUCACUCGUGCUGUAAUGGAGGCUCCGUUGCCAAGGGGCUACAAACCUUGCAAUGUGGAUACUUACAAGGGCACUUCGGACCCGCAACACCAUAUAUCAUGUUACAUGUCAUAUAUGGUCAUGAUGGGAUACGAAGAUGCCAUACGAUGUGGAGGAUUCACGGCUACUCUAGAUGGCCCGGCUCAUGAGUGGUAUGACACACUGCCCGAUGGGAGCAUCGGGGACUUCAGGGAGUUGGCUAGGCACUUCCUCUUGAGGUUCGUCGGCUCAUGAGAUGUGAAGAAGAAUUUCAGCCACCUGUUCAGCCUGAAGCAAGGAAAGAAAGAGGCCAUGUCCACUUUCCUGGCAAGGUGGAGGGUCGAGUCGGUCAAGGUUCAGGGCCUUGACGACAGGACCGGAGUGGCAAUGCUGAUAAAUUCUAUCCGACGAGGAGAAUUUCACAAGGAUUUUGUUGGGAAUCCACCCGCUUUAUACGAGGAAGCCCUAAGGCGGGCAGACCGUCAGGCUGAAGCAGAGGACGCUGAACAGAGAAAAAGAGAUGAAGAGAAUGGAAAGAAAGAAGAAACGAAGGACAAGGGAAGACGUGGUGACCCAGAUGAUGAAGACGCUGAUAGGAAGUCUGGUGGAAAGGGCGGCCGGUUCAAAGGUAAGAAGAAUAAGAACAAGGGAAGGACGGACGUCCCGAAAGGUCGGGACGGUCCUCGACUAUGCCAAGGAGCAGGGUUUGGUUUCCUUUCCAGGGGAAUGUGACGUGGUCACUGCCAAACGCAAUACCGACCAGUACUGCAGGUUUCAUCGGAAUUUCGGGCAUGAUACGGACGAAUGCAUCGUUCUCCGCAGACAAAUCGAGGCACUUAUCAAACAAGGAUAUUUGGGCCAAUUUGUAGGAAAACCGAGAAAUGCCCAGAAAGGGAGGAACCUGACAUGGAGGCGUUCCGAUCAAGCCACCACGUCCAAGGAGAAACAACCCCUUGACCAACCACCAAAGAAGCGCGAGCUUGGAGCUCUGUCCGAGGAUGACGAGUGUGACCUAGGAGAGGGAUCCUGGAAGCAUCACAGAUGCUCCUACAUCGUGGGCAGCCCCCAAGGAGGGGGCACGUCAGGCGAAAGGAAACGAUGGGCUCGAUCCUUGUACGUCGGGGAAAUUACCCGGGUACCUGCAAAAAAGAGGAUGAGAAGAGAUUCGAUCUACUUCACCGAUGAUGACCUACAACCCAUGCUACCACCGCAUAGGGACGCCUUAAUGAUUAAGGUGGAGAUGAACAAUACAAUCAUUCAUCGAGUUCUAGUAGUCAAUGGAAGCUUGGUGAACGUAAUGUAUUACGACACAUUCCAAGGCCUUGGUCUGAGUGGGGUGGAUCUGAGUCCGGUAAGAACACCUUUGUCCGGGUUUACCGGGGACUCAAUCGAAUCGGAAGGCAGUGUGGUGUUGCCCGUGAUGGUGGGUUCGGAACGUUGUGUAGCAAAGUUGAACCUUGAGUUCACUGUCGUACGUUUAACCUGUUCGCACAAAAUCAUCAUGGGAAGACCCACGCUGGAGGACUUGAGAUGCAUUAUCUCUUAGGAGCAUUUAUGUAUGAAGUUCCCCACCCCGAACGGGGUCAGGAUAGCUCGGGGAGAUCAAAGGAUGGCUCGGAGUUGUUACAUGAAGGCGUGCAAACAACUCGGACAAAAGGACCUCAGGGUCCACACUAUCAAUUGCAAAGCCAUGAAGUAUGAGGAUGGCCAGCUCAGCGCUGAGCCCACCUCCGAGGUUGAAGAAGUUCAUAUCGAUCCCGGGCACCCGGAGCGAAAGAUCAAAAUCGGGUUGGGGCUCCCAGCCGGGCUGAGAGAGAAGAUCAUCCAAGUGUUGGUCACAUAACUCACAUUCAGUGUGAUCUUCGCAUGGGGCCCUGAGGAUAUGCUGGGGUUGGACCGGAGUGUGGCCGUUCACAGGCUAGCGGUCGACCCGACGGUGAAGCCGAUCCAGCAGAAGAGAAGACACCUCUCGGUGGAACGAAGGGAUUUCGUGAAGAAGGAGGUAGCUAUGCUCUUGACUAUUAAACACAUCAAGGAAGUAUUAUACCCGGAAUGGUUGGCAAACGUGGUCCUGGCACCGAAGCCCUUGACUUGGAGAAUGUGCGUCGAUUACACAGACCUUAACAGAGCAUGCCCGAUGGACCCCUUCCGUUUACCUAACAUCGACCAGCUAGUUGACGGGACAGCCGGGUGCGAACUCCUUAGCUUCAUGGACGCAUUCCGAGGGUAUCAUCAGAUAUCCAUGCAUGAAGAUGAUGCGGAGAAAAUCUCUUUCAUCACCCCGGAGGGGAUCUUUUGCUAUCUAGUCAUGGCUUUUGGCUUGAAGAACUCUGGGGCGACAUACACGAGAAUGGUUGCAAAAGUGUUUCGAACAGUGCUAGGAAGGAACAUGGAAGCGUAUGUAGACGAUAUGAUCGUCAAGAGCGUACGAGCGACAGACCAUGCCGACGACUUAGCCGAAAUUUUCGGGAUCAUGAGGGCAGCUUGACUGCGCCUGAACCCGAAAAGUGCAUGUUUGCUGUCCAGGGUGGAAAAUUUUUGGGGUACAUGGUCACCCAGAGAGGGAUAGAGCCGAACCCCGAAAAAGUGAGAGCAAUCCUUGACAUGGAACCUCCGAGGUCGGUGAAGGAAAUGCAGGUUCUCACUGCGCGACUGGCAUCACUUGGGCGUUUCCUGUCAAAAUCUGCGGAGAAGUCCCUACCUUUUUUUCAGGUUCUCAAGAAACAAAGUGGAUUCGCGUGGACGGAUGAGUGUCAGCGGGCAUUCGAGGAGCUAAAGAAGUAUCUUCUCUCUGAGCCGUUGUUAAGCAAGCUGAGGAAAGGAGAAACACUGAUAUUGUAUUUGGGAGUGUCGCAAUAUAAUCGUACCGAUGUUAUAUCGGAAUUAUUAUUUGCUAUUACCAUUACGAUAUAACAUCAAUAUUAAUGGUAAUAGCAAAUAUUAUGAUAAUACAUCAAAUAUAUUAAUGUGCACUACGUAGAUAAACUUAUUAAUGUGCACUAAUACACGAACAUCGGUACAUGUGUGUAUGUCUAUACGUAUAUUUAUGUGUAUACAUGUUUGUUAGACAUGACAUAUAUAAUUAUGUUAAUUAACUUUCUAUCGAAAUCAAAAUAUCAAAAAAGACUUUGACGAAUUCGAUAACACCUAUAGAAGAUAAGAUGUAGAAGUUUCAAUUGCGGUAGUAUGUUUAUGUGCGCAGAAGAUUAAGUGUUGCAUCUUUAGACGACUUAAUUGAAAGACGUAAACAAACUUUGAUUAAAACUAACUGCUAAGGGUAUUACGGAUAUUUACUCAUGAUGUAUUAUGGCUUCGUAUGCCUUGCACAUACUAAUUAGUCAUAUAAAACAUAGGGGAGAUUUAUAGUCAUAUAUUGAGAAGUUGUUUAUCUUCUAGUCACAUCUAGAGAAUUUUCCCUUUUUUAUCUUCUAUUUUUCUUAUGCACUUUUAUCUUUUUAUCUUUGCUUUUCCUUAUAUGCUUAUGAUGUCGUUGUUAUUUUAUAUUUAUCUUUUAUCCUAUCAAAUUUAUCUUACUUUAACUUCUUCUUUUCUCUUUUGGUCUUGUUAUCAUGUUAGCUGACCCUAUAAAUUUUGAGAUUAAACAUUGAAUGUUGUGUUGUUGUGUGUAAGAAUUACUUGUGCGUUAUUUCAAAGUUUGGAAAUAUUCUCAACGCGGCUGUUUUGUUACAUGUAUGGUGAAUUAUAUAUAUGGCGAAUUCAUGCAAUGAUGUUGUGUUCUUAAUAAUUAAUAUAUGUCAAUAUCCUUUAAAAAAAGUGCACACAUUAUAAAAAUGUUAACUUAAUCAGAAAACAUUUUAUAUUUAAUAAUUGUCAAAUACGAACCUUAAACGCUAUAUAAAUACUAAAUUCUUUAAUUUGUCUGUACAUUGCACGAAAUGCACAGUUUCUAUUACGUUUAUCAUGUCAUUAAAGGGCACUUGAGUCUACAAAUAGUUUGGAGUGUGGUCUUGAGGGCACAUGAUUAGUUCAACGAUAUCAAAAUCACUUCGUAUUAACAAAAUAUAUAUAUAGGGAUUAGUUCAUGUGAGAACGCCCUCUUAGGAGAGUAAAAAAGAACCAGAUCCGACCAUCCAAUUUGUCAAUCGUGCGGCUGGGAUGAUCAGUUUUAUUAAUUAAAAAACACAUGAUGCGUCUGUGCCAUAUUAAAAAAAAAGAAACGUGCAUUAAGAAGCCCAUUGAAGAGUAAAUGGGUAAAAGACUAUGAUGCUUAAUUAUGGCGGUUCGGCCGCACGAGUUCCCAUAUGGGAAGAAAUCCCGUUUAAUGUGCCUGUAUAUUCGAAAAAAGAGAAACUUCCUUCAUUGCGCAGACUUCUACUCUGAAACUACCAGAGCUCGACGAAGAAGAAGGCGUGCACUAGCAUCGAAACCCUAGGAAGUCAUCGAAGAAGAAGGAUGACAAGGACAAACGAAAACGACGGUGCAUCAGGGACUGCAAAAAGUGCUUCAGGUACGGCGAUAACCUGCGGUUAUUUUGUGACUAAUUUUGUUGUAUUAACAAGUUGAUGUUGUGGAUUCAAUGCAUGGCUAAAGAAAACGAUUUUAAUGUAGUUUGUGAAGCAUUUAUCAUGAAAAACAAUAGAAAGUGAGAUUUGUUUGUUUCUUUGUGUGUAUGGAUAAAUGUUGUGCUGCGAUAGUGAAUGAAUAAUAGAAAAAUAAUGGGAAAAUGGUAGUAAAGAGUCAUGAUUGAGUGAUUAAAAAGGGGUAGAGUGCAGAGCGAAGUUGUCGGUUGUUCUUUUGGUAGGAUUUCAUAGUAUUAGUUUGUGAAUGUGAAUGAAGGUGAAAAAACUAGUUAAGCAGAAUUUGAAAUAGCCAAUUAAUUGUGUAUAUGAAUGAUGAGUUUUGCUAUGGAUGUGUUUUAUUGGAAUGUGCACAAAGAGUAGUUAAUAGGUUCAUACAUAUAAUGAUAUAGUGCAUGAACUGUUUGUAUAUGUGAUAAACACGAUUUGGUCUAUCCUAGAGCUAAUUUUUCAUUAAAGUGCAUCCAAAUUUUAUUUAAAUGCAUAAAUUGGGUGCUUAAAAGGCUUGUUUGUGUGAUAGAAAAGGCUUACCGUGCACAGGUUAAGUGUGCUUUUGAUAUAUUGGUGUGUAUUCAUAUUGUUGUUAUGUGAAUGUGAUUGUGAAUGAAAUUUACUUAAUAAGUGCAACAAAUCUAUAAUGUUGGAAAUCAGUUAACAGACAAUAGACUGCUUACAUCAUUAUUGAAGUUUUUAAUUGUAAUGUGGUGUUUCGAAUGUGCAUGAAGUGAAAGUAUUAUGUUCAUAAAUGCAAUGAUAUAAUGCAUGAGGUAUUUAGUAAUUUGAUUAAAAUAAUAUGUAUUACAACAAUUGUGUCUAUGUUAGUGGAAGAGAGCAUUCUUUGUGUUGAAUAGUGCAUUGUUUCCCAUAUUACAGGGAGUACAGUCAAAACCUUACAGGUGGUGAAGAACAAUAAAGGUAAGCGACCAGAUAUCAAAGAUGCACCUCAGAACCAAGCCUGCAGGCUGAAGAGGCAGAGGAAAGUAGUUGAUGAAAAUGAAAACGAUGAUGACUUUGAAGUGCAACCUGGGCAAGGUGGAGCUGCAAUUGACUUAGAGGAAAAUGAGAGCACGAAAAUAAAGAAAGAGAGCAUUAAAGAUAUCAAGGCCAGGUUUAGGACAAUAAGAACAAGAUCAUCACCCAACAUGAUUGUGAAAGCUCUCUCUGUGAUGACUGCUGCACAAAAGAAGGAGAUACACAAGAUGGGUUUUGGUGCGCUGUUUGAUCUGCAAGUAUGUGAAAUACCAGGAAGGUUGGGGUUUUGGGUGGUUGAUAACUUCAACCCGAAAACAUGCUCAUUGGUGCUGCACAAUGGAAGUGAGUUGCGUGUAACGGAAGAGGAUGUAGCCCGCGUUUUGGGAUUUCCAAUAGGAGGCAGAAAAAUAGUAACAAAAAAGAAGAACGAGGAAUGUGCAUUUAGAUACAUUCUUGAAGCCCUCAUUAUCUAAAUCAACAUUCUUGCAGGAAUCACUGUUAGGUGCAACCGUCUUAGAUUUAGAUACAUUUUUGAAGCCCUGCCUAUUACACACCAUAUGUUUCCAAAGAAUAACGCCACCACGAGCCCUUUUUGACUACUUUUACGUGAUUCAAAACCACACAUUUUUGCAUAUUGAUCAUAAAAACUCAUACCAUCAUGCAAGUUGUUGAAAAACAUACCAACAUGCGGUUUAAAAGCAGGGUCACAAUCCGGUGUGCAGUACAUAGUGGAUCCCGGAGAAACUUGCAUUGUAUUAACAUCAAACGAUUGAGAAACGGCUUCAGAUGCACUGAAGGGAACAUCAUUUGAAUCUAAUGGAAGCAUGCAAAAAAAAAUAUUCACAAAAACAUGCUUUAGCAAAACGUAUACAAAAAAAGGGCAAUAUCAAAAUGCAUAUAAGAGCAUCACAAUAAUAUUUAAGAUGUGCAACAAAAAUAUUCAGAAAUUAACAAAUACAUGC